AUGGAGGAGACAAGGAAGCGACGGGCAGAGGAAGACCGAACGAGUACUGAUUCGUCGCCGAGGAAAUGCCGAAGUGUUUCUCCUUUGAAAAAGGAGUCGGAGGGCGACGGAGAGGUCGGAGAGGACAUCAUGGCUUGGUUACCCAUAGAUGAUGAAACGGCAAGUGAGCUAUUGAAGCUUCUGGACGCAGACUCGGAAACCUGCGGUGCAGCAGCCACGACUAGGGUUAGGUUCAUCGACAACCCGUACUCGAGGCCGUUGAUCUUCCAGUACUCGACGUCUUACGUCACCAUUAACGGCAACGAAGAGAGCUGCGGGUCCUCGUUCUCAUACUCUGAGUCCUCGAUGAUGGCGAGUGUAGACGCGCGUGGUAUCAACAUUUCCCGCCAUCUACUGAGUGGUGAGGGGAAGGCGGUGGGGUUGGGGAGUGGAGUAGAGGAUAAUGGCAGCGCGUGGGAGUGGAAUGAGGCGGAGGCGCGUGGGUGGGAAGCCGUUGAGGGCUGCGAUGGCAUUGACUGGGACGAUGAUAUGCUGGCGAGGUUUCUGGGUGAGUAG